AUGAAGGCCUUCAUCGCUCUCACCGCCCUGCUGGCACCUCUGACCGAGGCACACUACAUCUUCAACCGCCUCAUUGUCAAUGGUGCAUCAAUCGGAGGCGAAUAUGCCUACACGCGCAAGAACAGCAACUCUUAUAACCCAGCCUACACCAGCGAGUUGAUGAACUCCAACGACCUGCGAUGCAACAAGGGUGCUACGGCAGGAAGUACUCAGACUUAUACCGUCAAGGCCGGUGACAAACUGGGCUUUAAGUUGUUCAACAAUGAAUUCAUCGAACAUCCCGGCCCAGGCUUUGUCUACAUCUCCAAGGCGCCCAGCUCCGUCGCCAGCUACGACGGCUCUGGCGACUGGGUCAAGGUGAUGGAGACUGGCCUAUGCAACCCGUCGACCCCAGGCAACGACGCAUCGUGGUGCUCCUGGCAAAAGGACCGCCUAGAGUGGACAGUCCAGAAGAACAUUCCCGCCGGCGAGUACCUCGUCCGCGUCGAGCACAUUGGCUUGCACGAGGCACACCAGGGCAAGGCGCAAUUCUACAUUGAGUGCUUCCAGCUCAAGAUUGAGAGUGAUGGUACCGGAACGCCGCAGCCGGCUGUCAAGAUCCCCGGUGUCUACAAGGCGACUGAUCCCGGUAUCGCGUUCAACAAGUGGAACAACCCAACGUCGUACACUAUGCCAGGGCCAAAGGUCUGGGACGGAAACUAA